ACGUAAAAAUAAAAAAAUAAAAAAAUUAGAGAAAAAAAUAUUUUUUAUUUUUCUAAUUGCAAAAGCGAUGGGCAAUAUGUAUGUGUCUUCGUAGAAACAACAGUGUGCAACUUGACAGCAACAAAUUUUAAUCAAAAUAAAAUAAAAGUCUAUUAAUUCUCUAUAUAAUAACCAAUUAUUUUGCUUCUUUGAAUCAGAAAAUUUGAACCAAAAAUCUGUGUUUCCCUAAAUAUCUUAAUUCUCAGUUCCUUUAAACUCUGAUGACUUUUGUAUUCAGUUACAAUUCGCCGGUCGGAAAAUGGCUCGGCUUCGUUGCUGCCGUUUGGGUACAAGCAAUUUCCGGCAAUAAUUACACUUUCUCUAACUAUUCGGACGCUUUAAAGUCUCUAAUGGCACUUACUCAGCUCCAAUUAAACAACCUCUCAGUCGCUAAGGAUGUCGGAAAAGCGUUCGGAAUACUCGCCGGACUUGCCUCCGACCGUCUAUCUACUCCGGUUAUUCUUCUCAUUGGAGGAAUUGAAGGUUUCAUUGGUUACGGUGUUCAAUGGCUUGUCGUUAGUGGUACAAUUAAACCUCUUCCUUACUGGGUCAUGUGUAUAUUUUUAUGCAUGGGAGGUAACAGUACUACAUGGAUGAACACCGCCGUUUUAGUUACCUGUAUAAGGAAUUUCAGGAAAAACAGGGGACCUGUAACCGGAAUUUUGAAAGGAUAUGUUGGAUUGAGUACGGCAAUAUUCACUGAUAUUUGUUCGGCGUUAUUUUCCAGCGAUCCUGCUACUUUCUUACUCAUACUUGCCGUAGUUCCUUUUACCGUUUGUCUCACGGCGAUUGUCUUUCUCCGUGAAAUUCCACCUUCCUCAACUUCCGCAGAAGAAAAGGAAGAGGUCAAAAACUUCGGCGUCAUUAACAUAAUUGCCGUCAUUAUAGCGGUAUAUUUGUUAGUAUUUGACAUUUCCGGUACUCAUGGCAAAGUUUUUUCACAAAUUUUUGCUGCAAUACUUCUGGUACUUAUAGCAUUGCCUUUGUUCAUUCCGAUUCACCUUAUGGUGAAAAAUUUUAUCCGCGAAAAUUCAGAGAACUUGGACGUUGAAGGGAAUAACAAUAUUGCAGAGCCAUUACUGGGCGUUGAUGAAACGGUUAGAGAAGAAGUUGAGAAAAAGGAGGUUGUUGUAGUGGAGGAAAAUACGGUGCCAGCUGUAGUGGAGAAACGACCACCUGUUAUUGGAGAAGAUCACACAAUUUUCGAGGCAAUAAGGACUCUGGAUUUCUGGAUCUUGUUUGUAUCAUUUCUUUGUGGAGUUGGAACAGGUUUGACUGUGAUGAACAAUUUGGGGCAAAUGGGAUUAGCUCUGGGAUAUGUUGAUGUUUCAAUUUUCGUCUCCCUCACCAGCAUUUGGGGAUUUUUCGGUCGCAUUAUUUCCGGCUCCGUCUCCGAAUACUUCAUCAAGAAAGCUGCAGUGCCAAGGCCAAUAUGGAAUGCGGCUUCACAGAUUCUGAUGGCUGUUGGAUACAUCUGUUUAGCAAUGGCUAUGCCAGGAUCACUCUACAUUGGCUCUAUUGUCGUUGGAAUUUGCUAUGGAGUUCGUCUUGCCAUUUCUGUUCCAGCUGCUUCUGAACUCUUUGGUCUUAAAUAUUACGGUCUCAUUUAUAAUGUCCUAAUUCUCAACCUUCCACUCGGCUCAUUUCUCUUCUCUGGUUUGCUUGCGGGUCUGUUAUAUGAUGCUCAGGCUACAACAACAGCUGAUGGUGGUAACACUUGUGUAGGUGCUCACUGCUACAGGCUUGUAUUCAUAGUUAUGGCUAUAGCUUGCAUCGUUGGGUUUGGCUUGGAUAUUUGGUUAUCCAUUAGAACCAAGAGUUUAUAUGGUAAGAUUUAUACAAGCAGGAAAGCCAAGAAGACUAGUACUAUAUUGUCUUGAUGAAUUUGUUGAUGAUUCUCUUUUGGGUACUCAAGUGGGAGGAUUGAUAGGACAUUGUGUGCUGAUGAUACCCUUUCCACUUGCACAAGUCAACUUUGUUUGAUUAGUAGGAUU